AUGGGUUUGAUCAGGAAAACAAUCAACUGGUAUGCAAGAUUAGCUCCCAGUCGUGGGCGGUCAAAGCCGCCUUACGAGCAUGUCGUACAAAUUGGGGAUCCGACGUUACGUAAAAUUUCUGAGCCGGUGCCGGUCGAGAAAAUAAAAUCUAUAGAAGUUCAAAACGUGAUACAAAAAUUAAAGUAUGUCCUUCAUAAAUAUGGCAGUGUUGGAAUGUCUGCACCUCAAGUUGGUGUCAACAUAAGAAUAUUUGUUAUAAGACAAACCCCUAAACAGAUCGCAUCAAUACCUGCAGAAAUAAUUAAGCAUAAAGAUAUAAGCGUUAUACCGUUGACUGUUUUCAUUAAUCCCACACUUAAAGUGGUGGAUUAUCAAAAAUUCAUACACCCUGAGGGAUGUGAAAGUGUAAGAUCAUUUUCAGCAGACGUUGCAAGAUAUAAGGAAGUUCAAGUUACAGGCUAUGAUUCAAAAGGAGAAGAAAUAUUGAAAGUUUUUAGAGGUUGGGCAGCAAGAAUAGCUCAACAUGAAAUGGACCACUUAGAUGGAAAACUUUAUACAGAUGUUAUGGAUCGAAAAAGUUUACAGUGCACUUGCUGGGAGGAAGUAAACUUAUCAAAAGGAAAAGUUGUUAUUCCUUUUACACCAGAU